CCAUAAGGAAGGAGACAAACUAAGGCCGGCUGAGCAUUUAUAUGCAAAGGCCUGCCCUUUAUCCUUCAGUGAUGCAGGAAUGUGAAGGAUGCUGAGCGUCCACCUGAUACUGCUCUGCGCCCGGGGGAGGGUCUCCAGUCUCCACUCUGGCUGCCAUAAUACGGCUCAGCUCAUGUAGACAGGCAGGAGGGGGAAGCACAUCCUCAGAGAGGACAUAAGAAGAGACCGGGGUCCGGACGAACCGUGCAGAACGACACAAGCCGAUAUCAGCCGCCGCUACGUGUGAGGCGAGGUCACCGCAGUACCGCGGUUUUCUCUUGUGACUUGACCCAAAGCUGAGAGUAACCUCAGGCACUGCCAACGACCUCUGUGAUCUCUUGAUUCAACACUAUUAUCGGUGUCUUAAAUGAUGUGUAGGAGAAGGACUGGGUAGAAAAUCCCCAUAAAGCCAACAGAGAAAAGGAAAAGGAACUAGGAUCACAUGGUUGGUAUGGACUGACGAGUCAGCUGAAAGCAGAUCAGUGUGGCUUUGCUUGGAAGUGUAAGUCUUUUAUUGCAUCUGACCACAGAGCAGGUCAAUUAUCUUUAAGAGGAUCAAUUACAAUUCAAUUUAUUAAUGGGAAAUAAUUAAAUGAUGAUUGUGUCCUCUUUGCAGAUGAGAUUAAUUUAAUUUCAAAUUGUUUCUCCAAAUUGAUUCUUUCAGUCAUUACUAUGCAACAGGCAGGGAUUUGAGCUAUAAACAUGGUUUAAACGUUGAGAUAAAGAUACAAUAGGAUUCCCACUGUUAGGUUAAACGUCUUUUUGAUAAAAAAAGCUGUUGUAAUAUGAUGUUUUAUAAAAAUCUGUGACAGGUGUAUUUUGAAAAGUUGCAUUUAAAGAUAUGGCAGUGAUUUCCCCAAACCUGUGAAGCAUCAUUCUUUUUACUACCUCUGUAUAGUAAGGAUGUCUUCCAUUAUGAUUGUUAUCUGUGAACCCAGAAUCUUGACAUUUAUCUCCUGCAGCUCAACUCCUCUCCUCCCUCUUCUCAUCUCAUCUCUUCUUUCAUGUCUCCUGCCUCUCUGCUGUCACACUUUACUGACAUGUGUUUGUGCUCUCAUUCCAUCCUUUUCCUUGGCGCUUGACAACGGAAGUGGUGGCUGUUUCUGGUAUUUGUUUCUUUUUCUUUUUUUGCACUGCCUUUGUUCUUCUGUUCCCUGGAAACCAAAAAAGAUCUUUUUAUCCUUUUUAUCCUUUUAUGCCGAGCACACAAUGUGAAUCUAUCUUGGAAUUUUUAUCGAUCUGAGGAAACUGAGACACAAUUGGAUGUAGCUAUCUAUUUGGAUUUUUUUGUUUUUGUUUAUGAACAGUUUUUAUAUUUCUUAUAAAAAAAGUUAAGUUUGCAGUAAAUACUAUCCAUAUUCUUUAAACACCUUAAACUGUGUUGGGUACAAAUAUAUAGUCAUGCACUGCUCUUCUCUAGCACUUCUCUUGUUUCAGAUUAGAAAACAUAGUUCAAUAAGCACUGCAUCUGGCAAACAGCCAUAGAUGCCCUCUACACAGUGUCAUUGAUGGAACAUGUUGAAUAAUUUACAAAUGCAUGCAUUUUUCAAAGCAGUGGUGUUUUCAGUGGCAGUAAGCUUUCAGCAGGGUCAGCUCAGUGUACCUGCUAUUUGUUAACCAGGCAUACAGACUGCAUAGUUGUAAUAUAGAGUGUCAACUGUAGUUAAAAAGUAAAUGACCCCAGUGUAAUAGAAGAAAGUGCUAUACUUUGUAAGUGUCCAGAGGCAAUGUUGAUCUGAAUGUCCUUUUCGGUGAAUAAUGCUUAAACAAGUCAUUUAUGAGUGAAAUGCCCCAACAUCCUUGACAUCAAAUACAUUUUAGGCAUUCACAUUUUCUUUCAUAGUACUAAUUACAAAUGCCAGCAUGCUAGCUAUGCUCCAAAUGGCAGACUAUACAUUACAGUUGGUUUUAAUUGGAUCAGUUGGAGGCAUUUGGAGAGUACUUUGGGAGGCAAUGCAAGGGCCCUUGCUGUGAUUGGUUAUUAUGUAGUUAACUGUAUUUGAUAAAAACCCUGAAAACUGUCACAGUAUAGCAUGUGUGGAGCCCAAAUGCAGGAAAUGAAGUCAAAUGGUAUGAAAGAAAAGUGCGGCUUAUAUUGGCUGUUAAAGUGCCAAAACUAAACUAAGACAAAAGCGGGAUCAAAGUAGGAAAUGAGGGAGACCUCAGUGAAGAUUAAUGGAUGUAAGGAAGGAGGAAAUGCAGAGGUUUGCUGUGACUGAUGAAGAUGUUAGGGAUAGGGUGAAAUAGAGGGAGAUGAUCUGCUGUGGCGAGCCCGAAAGAGAGCUGCACAUAUGUUAAUGCUGUCAUUUUGGUCAUGUUAAAGCAUGCUGAUGUAAGUAUAGUCACAGAGGCUUUAGGCUGUUAGCCUUGUUUAACCACACAGUGGCUAGGCUGUGACUGCAUUUGGAUUAAAAUAGUUUUAUCUACAUGCAUUUGACAUUGACAGUGUGCUGCUGAGCUGAACGGCACAGAAAUCAAGUGAAAUCAAAGUCGAGUGUUGACUUUGGUAAAGAAAAGAAAAGCUGUAUGAGCAGAAACAGAUGUGUUGCGACUAUAAAAGCUGAUUUAUGCAGAGAUGCAAUCAGGGUUGAGUAGCACAUACUGUAUGUGCAACAAUAGACAUGGUUGACGUCAGCAAAUUUAAAUAGUGGCAUUGUAUUAAAGACUGUCUGCUAAAACCUCCUGUAAAUGCCAGCUCAGUCCAAUUAGCUGUUAUGUUGAAUAGAUUACACAGAAAUAAACACCUGAAAUGUAUUGUUUGUUUCAUACCAGUGCAGAAUGAAAGUAUAUAUAGUAAAAUAACAGAGCAAAAACAGUGACCACAGAGGUUAGACGACAGAGGAAGUGCAUGAAUGAAAUGUUCAGUUUCUGUGUGAACACUCAGAAACUGCCUUAAAAGAUUUGAGAGAUUCAAGUGGCCUCACACUAAUUUGUAUGUAUCUUUUCUCCUUUUCUCUCCUUUUUCUUGUAGACUCAAUCUCCCAUAAUUAUGAAUAGCAGCACAGCAUCACAUUAUGGAAACAUGAUUACUUAAAUAAUCUAAAACUCAUUAUGCUUGCAUGAAUGGACAUUACAGUUGACAGAUAUUACAAUUUGGGUCUGGGUCAGGACAAAUCAACAUAUAUAUCUUCCUCCUGCUUAUCUGAGUCUGGGUCACAGACCCAGCAGAAGUUUAAACAGAGAAUCCCAGGCCUCCCUCUCCCCAGGAUACCUACUUCAGCUCAUCUGGGUGUGAUCCUGAGGCAUUCCCAAGUGACAAUGGUGUUGUUUCUGAUUGGGAUCUCUAUUCCUGUGAAUAAUUCUUCUCAUGAGAACCAAACUGCAGGAAACUCCACCCAUCAGGGUGCGCAUGUGCUGCCUUCAACACUGGUUUUAUCCCUUCUUCUUAUCAUCGUUGUCCUGCUGACAAUCUACUGCCUGAGGUUCAAAAACCACAGGAAAGCUCUGGUUACCUCAGUGGAUAAAAAAAUUCCUAACGGCUUCUUGGAGGAGCAAGGAGAGCAGACAGUGGUCCUCCUCCCCAGAUCUCCUUCACCAUCCAAGAGGUACUUCCCUAUCCCUUUGGACUCAUUGGAGGAGGAGUACCGGAUACGCUCUGCAGAUGAUGGCAAGCUCUUCAGAGAAGAGUUCAAUUCACUGCCGUGUUACUACCACCAUGGGUCCUUUGAGGAGGCGAGCAGAGAGCACAACAGAGAGAAAAACAGAUAUCCAAAUAUUUUACCAUACGAUCAUUCAAGGGUGGUGUUAAGUCAUCUCGAUGGACACUUGUGCUCAGACUACAUAAAUGCAUCUUACAUAGAUGGUUAUAAAGAAAAGAACAAAUUCAUUGCAGCUCAAGGUCCAAAACCUGAGACAGUGGCUGACUUCUGGCGGAUGAUUUGGGAACAGAAAACAGCAACUAUAGUAAUGCUGACGAAUUUAAAAGAAAGGAAGGAGGAAAAAUGUUAUCAGUACUGGCCAGAAAAAGGCUGCUGGAUGUACGGGAACAUCAGGGUGGCGUUAGAGGAUGUCAUUGUACUGGUGGACUACACCAUUAGAAAAUUCUGUGUUCAAUAUCAGGGCAGCGAUGGUCCCAGAGCUCCCCGACUGGUCACCCAGCUUCACUUUACCAGCUGGCCAGACUUCGGAGUGCCAUUCUCACCCAUCGGCAUGCUGAAAUUCCUCAAGAAGGUCAAAGCUGUCAACCCAUCCUACGCUGGACCUAUUGUUGUGCACUGCAGUGCCGGGGUUGGGCGGACUGGGACAUUCAUUGUCAUUGACAGCAUGAUCGACAUGAUGCACAUAGAACAGAGAGUGGAUGUCUUUGGGUUUGUGAGCAGAAUACGAGAACAGCGCUGUCAACUGAUCCAGACAGAUAUGCAGUACUCCUUUAUCUACCAGGCUCUGCUGGAGUACUAUCUGUAUGGAGAUACAGAGCUAGAUGUGUGCUCUCUGGAGGGCCAUCUGCAGAGGCUUCACAACACCAGGGCUCCCCACGACAGGCUGGGCCUGGAGGAGGAGUUCAGGAAGCUGACCAACGUUCGCAUAAUGAAGGAGAACAUGAGAACUGGGAACCUUCCUGCCAACAUGAAGAAGAACCGUGUGCUUCAGAUCAUUCCGUAUGAUUUCAACCGAGUAAUACUCUCAGUGAAAAGAGGACAGGAGUUCACCGACUACAUCAAUGCCUCCUUUAUUGAUGGCUACAGGCAGAAGGACUAUUUUAUCGCAACCCAGGGCCCACUGUCUCACACAGUGGAGGACUUCUGGAGGAUGGUGUGGGAGUGGAGGUGCCAUUCAAUCGUUAUGCUCACCGAACUCAAAGAGAGGGAGCAGGAAAAGUGUUACCGGUAUUGGCCAUCAGAGGGCAGUGUAACAUUUGGAGAUUAUACGGUGGAGCUGACUGGAGACACACAGUGUGAAACCUUCACUCUCAAAGACAUGGUUCUCACCUACAGACCAGAAAAGCAGUCACAACAUGUCCGACACUUCCACUUCCACGGAUGGCCUGAGAUUGGAAUACCAGCCGAGGGAAGAGGGAUGAUUGACAUUAUUGCCGCUGUGCAGAGGCAGCAGCAGCAGUCUGGAAACCGUCCCAUAAUUGUGCACUGCAGUGCCGGUGCAGGACGGACGGGGACCUUCAUAGCCCUCAGUAACAUUCUGGAAAGAGUGAAAGCUGAAGGCCUCCUGGACGUUUUUCAGACAGUCAAGAGUUUACGCAUGCAGAGACCACACAUGGUUCAGACCGUGGAGCAAUACGACUUCUGCUACAGAGUGGUCCAGGAUUUUGUUGACAUUUUCUCAGACUACGCCAAUUUCAAAUAGUGUAAUAAUGCUCUGUAUGCUUUGUGUCAAAUUAACAUAUGCAAUUUUUUUCUGAAUGUUGUUUUCUAAAGCAAGCAAUUUUAGUAUUUUGCACUUGAGUACAGAUUUAAACUAAAUGGUGUAAUAUACUUUAAUAUAACUGAAAACAUGUGGUCCACAAAAAAGUCUGUCUGUUAUGAGAAUGUUUGAUCUUCAAGUACCCCAAUGUAAAAUGUAGUAAUUUUACUAAAUGGCUUGGAUAAAUUGUAAAAAAAAAAAAAAAAAAAAAAAA